AACUGCUCAUCGAGCCUCACGCGCACGGCAGGCAGGAAGACAAUCAAAUCAAGGACUGAUCCUUUAUGAUUGCUUUGAAUCGAAUUUUCAUCUUUCAGUUAACUAUGAGAUUGCUUCAACCCUGCUCUCAGGAUUAAUUCCUAUGUAAUCGUUAUUUGUUUCCCCCUCUCGUCCAAUAUCUGUCUCCAAGUGUAGGCUAAGCUUGUUCUGUGGUCAUGGGGUGUAUACUUUCAUUUUUGCCUAGGCUGUUGAGGGUCUUGACCGUUGUGUAAAAGCGGUUACCGUGUGGAUUUAUGGUCUUCACAGACAAAGAGCCAGCGAAGGGAAACUAGUGGAAGUUUGAGACCAGGAAGAAUGCAGGCGAAGUGUUGGUGUGCGGUGUUACUCCUGACGCCAGCGUUUUACUUGGUGACAAGUGUUCAUGCUUCCAAGGCGGACCUCCUCAAGUCGGGCAGCCCCAAGUCGACGUUAAAACACAUAUGGACAGAAAGCAGCAAGGACCUGUCAAUCAGCAGGUUGUUGUCACAGACUCUCCAUGGCAAAGAGAACACCACGGCCCUGGACCUGCGCUACGACACCCCGGAGCCCUACUCCGAGCAGGACCUCUGGGACUGGCUGAGGAACUCUACCGACCUCCAGGAUUCUAGAGCAAGAGCUAAGCGGCGGCCUAUGGUCAAGACGGGCAAGUUCAAGAAGAUGUUCGGUUGGGGAGACUUCCACUCCAACAUUAAGACGGUCAAGCUCAACCUCCUCAUCACCGGGAAGAUCGUGGAUCACGGCAACGGAACCUUCAGCGUCUACUUCAGACACAACUCCACAGGCCAGGGCAACGUAUCUGUGAGUCUCGUCCCACCAACCAAGGUCGUGGAGUUCGACGUGGCGGCCCAGCAGUCCGUGAUUGACGCCAAGGACUCCAAGUCCUUCAACUGCCGCAUAGAGUACGAAAAGGUGGAGAAGGGUGCCAGGAACACGCUGUGUAACUUCGACCCCUCCAAGACGUGUUACCAGGAGCAGACUCAGAGCCACGUCUCCUGGCUCUGUUCCAAGCCCUUUAAAGUCAUCUGCAUCUACAUCUCCUUCUACAGCACUGACUACAAGCUGGUGCAGAAAGUCUGUCCAGACUACAACUACCACAGUGACACUCCCUACUUCCCCUCUGGCUGACCACUCCCACAACAACAAUCCCAAUGUGAAGGACCAGUAAGUUACAAAGCGGGGCUUCUUCUUCUUUUUCCCCGCCCAGAGAAAUAUAUGUUAGCUGUACUGUUCUGAAAAUAAAAGAAUGUGUAAAAUGAAUUGAUUAUCUAUUUAUGAAAUUAAGACAAUAGAGAAAGUAAAGACUUUUAUGGGGCAUUAUUAUUUUGUCUUUCAAGUGUUGUGCAAAACCAUUAUUAUUAUAAAUAUAAUAAUUAUUAUAUUAAUAUUAUUAGUAUACAAAUACUAUGACUAAACAAUAAUAUUGAUUAUAAUUCAUUUGUUUUAUAGAUUUCAUACCUUUUUUCAUCGGUGAUUUCAUAGAUGCAUCAUGUGUACAUAUUUGGGGUUGAUAGUUCCAUUUGUAACUAAGUAAAAUCAGAAUUUCAAAUAAGUCUUAUUAGUUUGUAACAACUUGUUAAUGUUAUCAAUAUGUUAUAUUCAUUUUCUUGGUCCAGUUUGAUUCUAGGUGCUUUAAUUUUCUCCUUUUAGUAGUUCUUACUUUGCUCCUUAGGGCCACCAUACUUUCUGUACGACAGUUCAGUUCUGUGAGCUACCAAUUGGAUGGCAGCCUACAUGAUCCUAUGUUUUGUUUGCACCUGCAAUACUCUUCAUUCAUUGCAGCUCAAUUCCGCUCUCUCAGAAAUAACAGUCCAGACUCCUACCCUUGAAGGUCUACAAGAUCCCCACACAUUUCCAAAUCCUUUGACCCCACAGUCGAGAGAGCUGAGGAAGAGGAGAGUGUCAGUGUGCAAUCCAAGUAGGUGGUCUUACCUAGCACUGACAGGAUUCUCCCGCAGGCAUGUUUUAUAAAAAAAAAUACAAAUAAAUGCAUUUGACAUGUUCAGGAAUGAUGCUGUUCAAUCUUCAGCUUGUCCCUGUAUAAAUCCUGGCUCAGAUUAUUAUUAGCAAAUCACAGCCUUAUUAGGUUUAUUGUUCAUAUUCAGUUGUGAUUGAUUGGGGGGCUUUGCUCAUUGUCAUUGACUUAAUAAAAAUUGUAAUGUAAUGAAUUCUAUAUCUUAGAGAGCCUAAUUUGUAUGAAUGGUUUGUAUUGUACAUAGUUUAUCCUGAAUUGAGCUGCGUCUGUAUAUGCCCACAUAAAGCUGUCUACCCCUUCCCACAAUCUCUCUCUCUCUCUCUCUCUCUCUCUCUCUCUCUCUCUCUCUCUCUCUCUCUCUCUCUCUCUCUCUCUCUCUCUCUCUCUCGUGAAUCCAUGAAAACAGCAACCCUGUACAUACGCUGUAGAACUGUCUAAAUAUAUUACAAGUAUUCAUCAAAUGUAUGGCUUUUAUUUCUGGGGGAAGGAUGGGAUGGAGGUGUACAUAUGAAUAAAAAUCCUGUAUGUUUUAUCAGUUGAA